AUGUCACCGUACUCCAAGAUCGACCUCCACAGUCAUUACCUUCCCGAAAAGUAUCGAGAAGCACUUGCUGCCAAUGGCCAUGAAAGCCCCGAUGGGUUCCCUUAUAUUCCUCAAUGGGAUGAAGACUCCCAUCUAGCACUGAUGAAAGAGUACAACAUUGAAAAAUCAAUCAUCAGCGUCAGUAGUCCUGGGUGCUAUCUCAAGAACGGGGAUAAUCUACUGGCACGCAACCUUGCUCGCCACGUCAAUGAGGUUGCCAGCGACCUAAAGAAGCGGCGGCCAGACCAAUUUGGAUUCUACGCAACACUGCCGUUGCCAGAUGUGGAAGGAUGCCUGGCUGAGAUCCCCUACGCGCUAGACACGUUGAAUGCAGAUGGCUUCGUGGUCAUGACCAACUUUGGCGGGCGCUACCUGGGACACAAGGACUUUGACGCCAUCUUCGACGAACUGGAAAAGAGAAAGGCUGUCGUCUUCAUGCAUCCAACCACUCCAUGCUUGCCGGCGGGAGACCCAGCAAUUCCCCUGCCGGACUUCCCACGGCCCAUGUUCGAGUUUCUGUUCGACACAGCGCGUGCAGUCAUGAACCUGUUCCUAUCUGGCACGGUCAGACGGUGUCCCAACGUCAAGUUCCAGGUGCCCCAUUGUGGUGGCACUUUCCCUCCCUUGGUCGACCGCUUUGGCAAUAUCGCAUCGCUGCUCAAGGUGCCCGGAACUGACCAGGAGCUCACUGGUAGUUGGGUGCGUGAGAGACUCAAUACUCAAUUUUACUUUGACACUGCCGGCUGGGCUUUUCCCGACCAAAUCCAGGGCUUGUUGCAAUAUGUCACGGUGGAUCGAAUCUUGUAUGGAAGUGACUUUCCUUUUACAAACUUCAAUGCUGUAGGGACUUUGUCACGGGAUCACGACAAAUAUCUGUCCCAGGUAUUUCCAGACAAGGAACAUCAAGAGAACUUGACCAGGAAGAACGCCUUGAAGCUGCUGACUGCCCAGGCGAACUUGAAAGGGUAG